AGGGGGCGUGGCCUGGGCGGGGCCACGCCGGGCUGCCAGGAACUAGGUGGCCGCAGUCUGAGCGCGGCGCAAGGGUGAGCGGGUGUUUGGAGACUCCUUACGGCCGCGCGAGGCAGCCGGAGGCGCGCCCGUUACCCACCGGGUUCUAGGAGAGAGCCGGGCGGCCGGGAAGGAAGCGCGCCCGAGCAUCAUGAUCCCUUUGGAGAAGCCGGGCAGCGGUGACUCCUCCCCCGCCACCGCCACUGGCUCGGGCCCGGCCCUCCGGGGUCUGAGCACGCCGCGCCGGCAGCCUUCGCCCCAAGCCCGCGGGCUGCAGACUGAGAUCCGCGCCGCAGUACGCACCGAGCCCUUCCAGGACGGCUACAGCCUGUGCCCCGGCCGGGAGCUGGGCAGGGGAAAAUUUGCAGUGGUGAGGAAAUGUAUAAAGAAAGAUUCUGGGAAAGAAUUUGCUGCAAAGUUCAUGAGAAAAAGAAGAAAAGGCCAAGAUUGUCGGAUGGAAAUAAUUCAUGAGAUUGCUGUACUUGAACUAGCGCAGGACAAUCCUUGGGUCAUUAAUUUACAUGAAGUUUAUGAGACUCCCUCAGAAAUGAUUUUAGUUUUGGAAUAUGCUGCUGGGGGUGAAAUCUUUGACCAGUGUGUUGCAGACAGAGAAGAAGCCUUUAAAGAAAAAGAUGUCCAAAGACUCAUGCGACAGAUUCUAGAAGGUGUUCACUUUUUACACAUUCAUAAUGUUGUUCAUCUUGAUUUGAAGCCUCAGAAUAUUCUGCUGACAAGUGAUUCUCCACUGGGUGACAUUAAGAUCGUUGACUUUGGCCUUUCAAGAAUAAUGAAGAACAGUGAAGAGCUCCGAGAGAUUAUGGGUACUCCUGAAUAUGUGGCUCCUGAAAUUCUUAGUUAUGAUCCUAUCAGCAUGGCAACGGAUAUGUGGAGCAUUGGCGUUUUAACGUAUGUCAUGCUUACAGGAAUAUCACCCUUCUUAGGCAAUAAUAAACAAGAAACAUUUUUGAACAUCUCACAGAUGAAUUUAAGUUAUUCUGAGGAAGAGUUUGAUGUUGUAUCUGAGUCAGCUAUUGACUUCAUCAAGACACUUUUAGUGAAGAAACCUGAAGAUCGAGCCACUGCAGAAGAAUGUCUACAACAUCCCUGGUUGACACAGAACAGUAUUCAAGAUCCUUCUCUCAGGGUGAAAGGGGCUUUAGAAGAACCAAAUGCCCUUCAAGAAGGUGAUGAUUCUGUGCCUGAAAUUAAUUUUGGCAAACCAGAAACUGAGGAAUCAAUUGUAACAGAGGACUUAAUUGUAGUUACUUCGUAUACUUUAGGACAGUGCAGACAGUCUGAAAAAGAGAAAAUGGAGCAAAAGGCCAUUUCCAAACGAUUUAAAUUUGAGGAACCUUUGCUACAAGAAAUUCCAGGAGAAUUUAUCUACUGAGCAGUAUUUCCCUUUAGAACUUUUGAGAUUUCUACAUUGAAUUGAAAACGUUAAUAUUAUUUAUGGACCACAGGCCAAACGGUACAUGUAUUGAAAGUGGAUAACCAGGUGUCACAUACAUAGACACAAACAACUUUGUGAAGCUUAUGGAAUUAGAUGAAUCAAGCCAGGUUUACAGAGUUGCCAAGCAGGAGAUUUUUAACAGGUACAGUUAUCUGUUUCAAUGUUAUUUUUAAGAAGGGAGAGGUUUGCAUCUUUUAAUCCUACAUCCUGUUUCUCCAGAAUGAGAAUUUGUAAGCAAAGAUACUAUUUGUAUUCACUUUCUUUAAAAAUCCAAGUAAAAGUGCCAAAACU